UGCUGUAGUCGAUUGUUUUCACCCAGUAGCAUAUCCAUGCCUAGUAAGAAUCCGACAGCAGAGGAAGACUACGACUACCUCUUCAAAGUCGUGUUAAUUGGUGACAGUGGUGUGGGCAAAUCUAAUAUACUUAGCCGAUUCACACGAGGAGAGUUUAAUCUGGAGUCUAGGUCUACCAUUGGCGUAGAGUUCGCUACCAAAUCAGUCCGUAUAGGCUCGAAAGUGGUGAAGGCUCAGAUAUGGGAUACAGCGGGCCAAGAGCGUUAUCGUGCCAUAACAUCAGCGUAUUACCGAGGUGCCGUCGGAGCUCUACUCGUCUACGAUAUAUCCAAACGAUCAUCAUUCGAAAACGCUGCACGAUGGUUGAAGGAACUGCGUGAGCAUGCAGAUAGUGAUAUCGUGGUCAUGCUAGUCGGCAACAAAUGUGAUCUAUCCCAUUUGAGAGCGGUCGAGGAAGAUGAGGCAAAGAAGUUUUGUACCGACAACGAUCUCCUAUUCAUAGAGACCAGUGCUUUGGAGGCGACUAAUGUGGAGGAGGCCUUCCAGGAGAUCCUAGAGGAUAUAUACAAGGUUAACUCGUCAAAGCCAACACCAUUACGGGCUGGAGCGGACACUCCAUCAAUAGAAGAACAACAAGAGCGGAUGCGAGUACAGUUAGAAGGGGCAACAAGUGGAGGACAGCAGAUACAGACACAUCAUAGCAACUGUUGUGCCUCUUCGUGAUGAUUAUAUAGAAAACCAUUCCUCCUUGUUGUUGUACCUAGCAUGACAAUAACAAUAGUAACAACCAACAACUACCGUCACCACCAUCAUCGUCUAUGAUAAUAUACUAUACCGUUAUUCAAUGCCAUCAUCAUCACUGUUAUGUAUACACAUUGGACUAUGCUCAUUCUACCACUACUGAUCCUGCUACUGCUUAUAAUUGUGAUACUGGUGGUGAUGAUCGAUGCCAGUUAACAUAUUCUUAUCGCUGC